AUGACACUCAACUGCCCUAACUGUUUGAAAGACUUCAAGAGCGCUUGGGCUGUUUCACGACACCUGAGCCAGCCUCUCACAUCCUAUUUCCAAAUGGACUUUGAAUUGCAAACUGAUAGUGAGGAAACAGCGUAUGUUCAGGACAUGAAUGACUCGGCGGGCUAUUUCUAUGGUGACGAGGGAGGUGUGGUGGGCUUGGAGAGUGAUCUGCUAGGCCAAGCUUUGGAGAAGCCUUAUGUCGAGCGCUUCAGGAACGCUGCGAAAGUGUAUCGGUGCGGCCAGACCUUUCAGGAUAGGUUUAACAUGGAUCCCUAUACAGCAUAUCGCAAAGACAAUCUUUACUAUCCAUUUGCAUCCCGUCAGGACUGGGAGCUCAGCAGCUUUCUCCUGUGCUCAUCAUUAAGUAUGGCCACCAUAGAUGAGUUCCUGGGGCUUGAAAUAGUUAAAGCAAUUUCUGUCUCUUUUUAUAUGGCCAAGGAGUUGCGUGGUCGUGCUGAGCUGCUACCUCCUGUUCCGAAAUGGCAGUACCGCAUAGUCUCAACCACUCAUCCAACAAAACAGCCUCUCCAUCUUUACUGGUGCAAUCCAUUGGAUUGCAUCGAAUCACUUUUUAGCCACCCAUUCUUUGCUAAUGAAAUGGACGUCACACCGCAAUGUGUCUAUGACACACUGGAACGGGACGCAGCAUGGUUGAUGCAGUCACAACUUCCGGAUGGUGCGACAUUGUUAGGCGUUAUAUUGUCCUCUGAUAAGACCAACAUUACCAACAUGACUGGUGGACGUGUCGCUUACCUGCUCCUGAUCAGCCUUGCCAAUAUCAAGAUGGCAACUCGAAACAAGGUGUCCUCACAUGCUUUUCUCCUAACAGCGCUGCUUCCAAUUGCCGAAUUUCUGCAUCCGGUGAAACAGAUGCAGAGUGUUCUUGAAGCCCGCUUGGUCCACCAGUGUCUAGAUAUUGUGCUAGAACUGCUCAAGCAAGCUGCACGCAUCGGCUGGAUGAUGUCAGACCCACUUGGGAACCUCAGAUACUCUAAAACGACUCUCGAGCAGCUUUUGAGCAUUGCUUGUGACUCCCUUGAUGUCGAAGGUUACUUUGAUGCAUGCACUCCAUUCCGCCUGAGUGGCAUAGCCCAGCCAUUCUGGUGUGAUUGGUCACUUGCGGAUCCGCAUGUGUUUUUCACUCCCGAAGCCCUGCAUCACUGGCACCAUGAAUUCUAUGAUCACAAUGUUAAGUGGUGUCUUGCAGCUGUUGGAGAGCAGGAACUAGACUUUCAUUUCUCCGUUUUGCAGCCACUCACAAUGUUCCGACACUUCAAGGAUGGCAUUUCCAAGCUUAAACAAGUAACUGGAAGAGCCCAACGUGAUAUGCAACACUACAUUGUUGCUCUCAUUGCCGACGCAGCCCCCCGUAGUGUUGUCAUAGCUGUUCCGACAACAAUUGACGAAGCGCAUUGUCAAAAGAUUCUCGAUGCCCUCAAGGAAUUUCAUGAACACAAGCAAGGUAUCAUUGCUUGUGGCGCACGCCGAGGUGCCAAGAGCGGACAGGUCCUCAACAACUGGCAUAUACCCAAACUGGAGUUGAUGCAGAGUGUUGAGCCCAGUAUACGUCAAAAGUGUCAAAACUUCCAUAUUGCCACAUCAAUAAUCACUCGUUCACAAUCCCAGUCACAAGCUUCUACUCCCCAAACAACGGACACCGUUUUGGAUGAUCUCCGGGGGCCGAAGCGUGUAGUGACCGAUUUCUUCAAGAAGGCCAAGCAAGUCUCCUCAUAUAUGCAAGUAGCCAGACCUCUCCACACAUUCAUAGUCAGUGCAACAGCAAUCCACCUGAAUUUCGAUCCUUCAAUACGACACAUACCAGUUGAUGUCGGUAUGGCUCAGAGCUUCCACUCCCUGAGGGGACAACGCAGAGCAUUGCCUGACACACCUCUUCCAUUUAAUGACCUUAUGGUCUGGUUUAAAGUACAUGUGCAGCAGGCAUCAUACCACAGCCCAUCAAUCAUUCCUCCUGCUCUCACAGUCAACGCAUCUUCUCCGAGCGCAACUUGGAAGUAUGGGCACUAUGACACCGCUAUUUUCACUGUUGAUGACACCAGACGUGAACAAUGGCCUACUAGUGGGCUUAAAGGGACUCCCUUCGGUGAUAUCCUCCCACUAGAUCAACUUUGUUCUUUUGCUCACAUCAUCCCCUGCUUUGGUUGUGCUGCUGAUUCUUGUUUAACUGCACAAAAUAGUACUCACUUUGCUCAAACAUUCUUUUUAAAUAAAUACAUCGACAAAGACUUCUACUAUGCUAUCUCGAACUAG